AUGAGGAGCCAACUAGGUGCUGAUGUUUUAUUACCCUCGACCACAUUAAACCGUAAAUCAAACAGAAUUUAUUCCAUAGCUAAAGUUUACGCGAGUGAAUGUGAAAGGCGACCACAACAAUAUUGGGAUUAUGAACAAUGCUGUGAGAUUGAUUGGGGGACUUUGACUGACUACGAAAUUAUAAAUAAGAUUGGUAGGGGUAAAUACUCCGAAGUCUUCCGAGGGAAACACAUCUUGAAUGAUGUAUCUUGUGUCAUAAAAGUUUUGAAGCCUGUCAAACUGAGGAAGAUUCAUAGAGAAUUGAAAAUAUUAUGGAAUCUUACUGGGGGGCCCAAUAUUGUAGAAUUAUUAGAUGUGGUUCAUGAUGAAAAAACAAGGGUUCCUGCUUUCAUAUUUGAAGAUGUAAAGAAUGUGGAUUUUAGAGAACUGUAUCCCACGUUUAAAUUAUCAGAUGUACAAUAUUAUUUUAAACAACUAUUAAUUGCAUUAAAUUAUGCUCAUUCCAUGGGUAUUAUGCAUCGUGAUGUCAAGCCACAAAAUGUUAUGAUUGAUCCUGUGCAACGGAAACUUCGAUUAAUUGAUUGGGGGCUUGCUGAAUUUUAUCAUCCAGGUGUUGAUUAUAAUGUUCGUGUUGCAUCACGUUAUCAUAAGGGACCGGAAUUAUUGACUGAUUUAAAUCAAUAUGAUUACUCGCUAGAUAUGUGGAGUGUUGGUUGUAUGAUUGCUGCUAUUAUCUUUAAGAAGGAACCGUUCUUUAAAGGCGGAUCGAAUCCAGAUCAAUUGGUGAAGAUUGCUAAAGUAUUGGGUACUAAGCAAUUGAUAAAUUAUUUAGCUAGAUAUGGAUUACAUUUACCCAGUGAACAUGAUAAUUUAAUAAGAACAUGGGCAAGGAAACCAUGGUCACAUUUCAUCUCAAUUGAAACACCGUUGGCCACACCUGAAGCGGUGGAUCUAGUAGAUAAUUUAUUGCGGUAUGAUCACCAGGAAAGGUUAACUGCGGAGGAGGCGAUGAAUCAUCAAUUCUUCCAGAUGAGUUUGGAAUAG